GCCAUGUAAAGGUGCAGUCAACCUAUUCCUUGCAGUACCUUCAACAAUGAUGGUUCAAUCUUUGCUUACUAGGUCUGCUAUGACUGGAGUAAAGGGGCUGAAAAUCAUAAUCCUGCGACAGCAAAGACUUAAAUCUUCCUGCAUUUGCCACAGGAAAAUGAGGUUAAGGGCAAUCCUCGACUUGGAACAACUGGGAGAAAGUAGGGAUUAUCCUAGUUUUGUAUUACCCUUCUACGCACAUAGAUGUUUUAUACUAGCGUCGAAUGCGGGGCAUGGUCUUGACCUGCUGUUUACUGUUUUCAUUCUCUGUUCCAGAUAUGAUGUAUGUUACUCAGAUUUGGAUCCUCUCACGUGAUAUGAUCGUCAUGUGAACAGAAAAAUAUAUGCAUUUAUAGCAGAGAAGGUACGAUAUUUUAUUUAUUUUUCUCUACACAGCACGUCAUCAUGAUGUUACUAUGGGAGGAUCCAAAUCGCAUUGGUCAGUAGUUUGGUAGUUUUAUGAUGAGGGAUGGUUUUAGUUUCUACGGCGGAAGGCAUCUGUAAGUAGUCUGUGAUUGCUUUACAUAGAGAUUGCUGAAUUGCAACAUAUUUGACACUUUUAAGUUGUA